AUGGCCACAGAGCUUUGUCCCGUCUAUGCGCCCUUCUUCGGUGCCCUUGGCUGCACCUCGGCCAUCGUCUUCACCUGCUUCGGUGCCGCCUAUGGAACCGCUAAGGCCGGCGUCGGUGUCUGUGGAAUGGCUGUCCUCAGACCCGAUCUGAUCGUCAAGAACAUUGUUCCCAUUGUCAUGGCGGGUAUCAUCGGUAUCUACGGUCUGGUCGUGUCCGUCCUGAUCGCGAACGACCUGGCACAGACAGUCCCUCUAUACACCGGAUUCAUUCAGCUGGGAGCAGGUCUCGCUGUCGGUCUGGCUGGUCUGGCAGCUGGUUUUGCCAUCGGUAUUGUCGGUGAUGCUGGUGUCCGCGGAACAGCCCAACAACCCAGGCUCUAUGUCGGCAUGAUUCUUAUUCUCAUUUUCGCUGAAGUUUUGGGUCUUUACGGUCUCAUCGUUGCCCUUCUCAUGAACUCGCGUGCCAAGAUCGAUGCCAAGUGCUAA